AUGAUAAUUUUCUUAGUUUAUUUCUCCAAAUCCCUCAAUACCGAUGAAUUCGGCGUUGAGUAUUCAGAUGAUUACACUGAUCUUAGGAAAACUCGAGAAACAAUUCCAAGCCAAUAUGUUGUUAGAGCUGCAUGUACCACCAUACUUGGUGGGGACACAAAUUUAAAGAGUGCGUUUGCAAAUUGUCUUACAAAACUCAAGAAUAUUUCAUUUGAAAUAGGAAGUCAGAUCAAAUAUAUCUACCCAUGGGUAUUUUCAUCGUCUAGUUUAGAAUACAUUGAUUUUUCGAACUGUUUCCUUCUUUUAGACCUAAAUUAUUCUAUUUUUGCUCAAUGCAACAAUCUUAAAAACGUAACAUUACCACCAAAUCUUCAGUACAUCAGAGCAGGCUGCUUCUAUAAUUGUGCCUCUCUCAAAUACAUUAAAUUACCAGAUUCUUUGCUUGAGAUCGACGACUACAUCAAAGGAUACGAUCACGUCUUUCAAGGAAGUCUGAAUCAAAUUGACAUUUCACCUGACUGCAAACUUCAAAAAAUCGGAGCAGAUGCGUUUAUGGGAACAAGGCUGACUUAUUUCUUCAUUCCAAAGGACGUCAACCAAAUUGUUUCUUCAGCCUUCUCCGGUGUGGCCAUUUCCAACUUCGAAAUCGACCCGAGAAACGGAAAUUUCAAGACAGAUGGUUUGAUUAUUUACCAAGGCAAUUCUAACUCUACUUUGAAGAUUGUUUCUAGGACGUAUAACUGGGAUUUCGUUGUUCCUGACUUUGUUACUUAUAUCGCUCCCCACGCUUUCAGAGGAGUUCCAAUUCCUUCGAUAACAAUCCACGACAACAUCUGGAAAAUCGAUGUCCGUUCUCUGUCAUCUACCAUGAUACAAGAGUUCAAAUGCAACGGUAUCAUGACUCUGAUAAUGAGCGCUUGUUUCGCAUCCUGUUCCAGACUGGAGAAGGUUUAUUUGACUGAGAAAAUCACUGAGAUACAUGAAUCAGCUUUCUCUGGCUGUCCUCUUCUUAAUUUAAUUGUUUUACCUGAUUCACUGACUACAAUUGGCAAAAACGCUUUCGCCAGCUGCGUUUCUCUGACGAAUAUUUCGAUUCCUCCAAAAGUCAACUCAAUUGGCGCCGGUGUUUACCUCAAUUGCAAUUCUUCCCUUGUUGUGGACACAGACAGAAAUGAGUACUGCUCAAUUGACGACCAGAUUCUGAUUGUUGACAAUAAACAGAACAUGGUUGACUACUUCGGGAGUGAUGCAACGAAAGAUUUGCAUGUUCCAUCGACUUGCAAUAAGAUUUCUGCGAGUACUUUCAAGUCGAAGGAGUUCAGGAGUCUGAUUUUUGAUGGAAACCCUUCUCUUGUUGUCGAAUCGAGUGUUUUUGAGUCGAGCAAAAUCAAAACAAUUGAGUUCCCAAUAGGAUUGAGGACUCUUGGAGAAAACUGUUUCCUCAACUGCAAUUUAUUGCAAAGUGUGAAAUUCCACGCGGACUGCACCAUCAGUAUCAUUCCUUUGAACUGUUUCAAAAACUGCAUCAAUAUGGAAAUAAUUAUUUUGCCUCAAUCCAUCACAAAAAUUGCGAAUUACGCUUUCCUUUCCUGCACGAAGAUAUCGAACAUCGGACUGGAAAACACAAAACUCCAGUCGCUUGGAAACCAAUGUUUUGCAAAGAGUGGCUUGAAAACAGCAAAUCUCCCUUCAACAGUGAAUUUCAUUGACAUUUCCGCUUUCGAAUCUUCUCUUUUGACAACAUUUUCCACAUCAACAGCAACAAUUCCCGUAAAAUGCUGCUAUUCGUGCCAAAACCUAGAGACUUUAAUUAUAAACAACGGCGUAGAAGUCAUUGAGGAAAGCGCUUUCCAGAACUGCGACAUAAAAGAAUUAACCCUCCCUGCAUCCAUCACUACUUUAUCAGAGAAUUCUUUUGCAGACAAUGAAAACUUUGCAACUCUGAAACUGGAGCAAAACUCAAACCUUACAGAAGUGAGGGGCGGCUGCUUUUUGAGCUGUCCAUUGCUGAAGAGGAUACAGCUGUUUGAAGGGAAAAACAAGUUUUUGUUUGACAAUGGAGCAUUGCUGAGUAUUGAUCAAACAAUUCUCUACACUUUCCUUCCUUCAAGCGACAUCAGAACUUUCGUUGUUUCUGUGAAAACUCAGAAAAUUUUGUCAAGAUCUUUUUAUUUCUGUAGGAAGUUGAAUCAAAUUUUGUUUAACGGAAAUUAUAUUUCUGUCAUAGGUUUUGAGGCGUUCAAAGGCUGCACAAAUCUGAAUUUUGUUUUCGUGAGCUCUCCAAGUAUAACACAAAUUGACAAAGACGCCUUCGCAGACUGUCCUGAACUCAAAAAAUGUGGCUCAUUCAGCAUUCCGAAGGAGAGUUUCCAGAUCUUUAAAUCUAGAGGCGUAACAGACUUAUCUUUGAGAGAAGAUUGCAAGAACGAGUGCAAUUCAGUACCAAUACGUAAUACAGGGCAUAUUUCAUUAUCAAACAUUGCUGUUUUAAUAGUAUUGACUCUUGGAUAA